UUCAGUUGAUUCAGUUAUCCAAGAGCAUUCGGUUGGUUCGGUUCGGUUCGGAGUUUCAAGCGAAGGGAACUGCGUGCGACAAUAUCGGGUAUCGCGCCGUGUUCGUUCGUUACCAUAGAAGUUGUGUUGGAGGCGGCCGAUGACUACGGUUGCUUCGAUAUUAUUGGAGUCAGCUUGUUUGUGCUCCAUUCAUAUGAACGGACAGCAGGGGUUCGGUGUUCGGUUGUUCUGAUGCACGAAACGGGUGGUGUGGUGAGACCGUUCUAUACUAAUUACUACGACUGGAUGAUGUGAGAUUGUGUAUCGAGUUUGUUGAGUCGCAUAUGGAUGGAUAUUGAACGCGUGUUCGACGUCAGGUGCAAUCAAGGUGAAUCGUUGUUAAUGCAUCUGGUGAGGCUGAUUUGCUACGGUCUCGUAUGAAAUUCAUAGCUAUACACGGGGACGGUAAAAAGGCACGUUUAGCAGUGAUACUUUCGUUCCGAUCAGUGAAUGUUUCCCAACACUAUUGAUAAUAAAAAUCGGUGAAGAAGAGAUAACUAGUGGAUGGAAAGUGGUAACGAGUUGCUCCAUGCACAAGGUAGAUAACGAAUUUUGCCGGAAACCGGUUACGCCAGACCCGUCGAUGAUAAACAUCCCCGAACAUCGAAUAGUGUGGAUACAUCCAGUAUUCGAUACAUAAAGUUGUCAGUGAGUGAGUAAGUGAUGCAUACCAUCAUACGGUUAGGAGAAGCCAGCAGAGCCUCAGCAGCGUGAAAAUACAAACCAUUGCACAAACAUCGUAACAAGUGUGACAAGGGAAAAUAGUGUUCUUCGGCUUGUCGACGCCGGUUAUGCCAACAUUGCACUACUUAAUUUCGCGAGCAAUCGAGAGUGAAACUCGAAGAACGAAGAGACGAGGAGACGAUGACAACGUUUGCUUGCACAACAAAAAACGGCGAAUAAACUGCUCCGCUCAUAGACGGUGCUCACCUGAGUCCAAACUUCUAGCCACCGCUGAUAUCAUCGGACAAUUUCGGAAAACUGUUUCGUGACCAGGAUUCUUGGUAAUCGUGCCUUAAAGCUAUUAACACCUCGCUCUAUCGCUGAGGACGAUCCGAGAUAGCAAGAGAAAAAAAACAACACGUAAGCCACGCAGCCAAAAGCGGAUGGAACGACGUUUUGCCGAAAAAUUAAAAUAAAAAGUAUGGCAUCUUGGACUAGAGUUCAUUAGUGCGUUGUGGUGUUUCGGUUCGGUUCGCUGAAAGUUGAUUCGACCCAGAAAGUGUUUCCGCCGUCUCGGUGGAUAAAUAAAUAACACAACGGACACGCCGAGAUAAUGAUCGAUGGUGACGAGGAGAGAUAGAUAGCAGUCAGUGUAGCAGCGUGUGCACGCGGUUGGGUUUCGGAUUUAGUGACCAGGAUUAGGGUGUGAUUAAUGAUAACGGGAAAAGCAAAAUCGGUGACCGCAGUGACGAGUGACGCGUGGUGCGGAGAGCAUCAGCACCAGAAGAGUACAAUCAUGUCCGACAUCUGUGAUUUCGAGUGGUCCAACAACCGCUUCCGGCACAAUCUGACCAUAUCCGAUCUGAAGGGGUACAACAAAAAUGAACCCACCGAUCGGAGUAGGGCGCUGAUAGCCCUGAAGGAGCUGAUUGGAGCCAGUAUGGACUAUGCCUUGAAGGAUAAGUCGUGCUUUCAGGACGAUGAGUUCCUGCUUAGAUUUCUGUAUGCUCGAAAGUUCAAUGUGAAUGAUGCCUUUCAGUUAGUGAUCAAUUACCAUGCAUAUCGACAGCGAAAUGGGCCUCUACUGCAGCGGUUAUCAGUGUUAGAUGAAAAUAUUCAAUUAGCGUUGAGGGAUGGGUUCCCUGGGGUGUUACCAAACAGGGACCGAAGAGGCAGGAAAGUGUUGAUAUUCCUGGCCGGGAAUUGGGAUUACUCGUCGUACUCGCUAGUCACAGUGUACCGGGCGUUGCUCCUUUCGUUGGAAAAGUUGCUGGAAGAUAAACAGAACCAGGCGAACGGCUUUAUUGCGAUCGUGGAUUGGACCAACUUUACGUUCCGGCAAUCGUCUAAUUUGAAUCCCAAAGUGCUGAAGUUGAUGAUCGAAGGGUUACAGGACUGCUUCCCGGUUCGCUUCAAAGCGAUCCACUUCAUCGGUCAACCGUGGUACGUGGAAGCGGCCCUCGCCGUAAUCCGACCGUUCCUCAAGGAAAAAACGCGCGAACGGAUAAAAUUGCACGGCGGAAACCUCUCUACGCUCCACGACUGCGUCGCCCGGGACAUCCUCCCCACGGAGCUCGGCGGCGAAGGGCCCACGUUCAAUCCGCUCAACUGGUACCACGAGCUGCUCGAGUCGAGUCAAAUCGCAACCAAACCCGCGCCAUCGUACAUUCUAAGUCAACCCCAGUACUACACCAAAUCCCCGGCGCCACCGAUGGCAGUGACGACCACGACAACGACCGCAAUCUCGACGACGGCCACGGUGGGCUCGGAUUUCCUGAAAAGUACCAAAGCAGCCGCGGUGAAAAUCGGAGUGCUCACCACCAAGGCAAACGAUCCGGCCGCGAAUACCCUGCUGGGCGUGGGGAGCGACACGUGACGGUCGCUUGCGGACGACGACGACGACGGAUCGGAGCAACAGCAGCAGCAACAACAACAACAACACCUGGUGACGGCGGUUCCGGACGGUUCGGUGUCUCGAUGAUGCAAGGUCCUGAUCUCAAAUUUCCUCCACACAUUCGUUCAUUCAUCCAACUGGUUCGUCGUUCCUGCAACGACGUGCUAGUUCUAGUACAUACUCACCGCAAAAAAAAACAA